AUGCUGGAGGCAAAGAUGGUUAUGGUAGUUCCAACUAUAGAGGACCAAGCAAUGAUCGUUCUGCACCCAAAAAUAUUAAGCCAAUCAGUAGUUAUGCACAUAAAAGGUCAGAACUACCAACUAGACCUAGUAAAAGUAAAACAUAUAAUGAUAGAAGUAGGGCACUUAGACCCACAGGUCCGGACAGGGGCGAUGGUUUUGAUCAAAGGGAUAACCGCUUACGUGAAGAGUAUAAGAAAAACAGUUCACAACGUUCACAAUUACGGUUUCCUGAAAAGCCAUUUCAAGAGGGCAAAGACAGCAGCAAAGCCAACCCUUACCAAGCUUCAUCUUACAAGCGCGACUCGCCUUCAGAAAAUGAAGAAAAGCCGAAUAAAAGAUUCAAGAAGGAUGAAACAAUUAGAAACAAAUUUCAAACGCAAGAUUAUAGAAAUACACGAGAUAGCGGUGCUGCCCAUAGAGCCAAUGAAAAUCAAAGGUACAACGGAAAUAGAAAGAGCAAUACUCAGGCGCUUCCGCAAGGUCCCAAGGGUGGGAAUUACGUCAGUAGGUACCAGAGGUAAUUACUAG